GCUGCUGAAUAGAAUGGCCGCUGAUGACCGGCAUCUACCUUCCAGUUGUGGGUCCUACAUCAAGACGGAGCCAUCCAGUCCCUCCUCGGUCAUCGACACGGUCAGCCACCACAGCCCCAGUGGUAACUCAGACGCCAGUGGUGGCUAUGUCAGUGCUAUGAAUAGCCACUCCAACGGCCUGGACUCUCCACCUAUGUUCACCCCCAGUGGGCUCGGGGCUGGCACCUGCCGCAAGCGCUAUGACGACUGCUCCAGUACCAUCAUGGAGGACUCGUCCAUAAAGUGCGAAUACAUGUUGAACUCCCUCCCCAAGAGGCUGUGCCUGGUCUGUGGAGAUAUAGCCUCGGGGUAUCACUAUGGGGUGGCCUCUUGUGAGGCCUGCAAAGCCUUUUUUAAAAGGACAAUACAAGGUAACAUAGAAUACAGCUGUCCCGCCACAAAUGAGUGUGAGAUCACAAAACGAAGACGCAAAUCAUGUCAGGCCUGUCGCUUCAUGAAAUGCCUCAAAGUGGGGAUGCUCAAAGAAGGUAAGAAGAGGGUUCGUCUGGACCGCGUGCGAGGGGGCAGGCAGAAGUACAAGCGGAGGUUGGACACAGAAAACAACCCGUACCUGGGCUUGACGCUCCCCCCUCCCACCAAAAAGCCUCUCACAAAGAUAGUGUCUCACCUGUUGGUGGCGGAGCCAGAGAAGAUCUAUGCCAUGCCUGACCCCACCAUGCCAGAGAGCGACAUCAAGGCUCUGACCACGCUGUGCGACCUGGCUGACCGCGAGCUGGUGGUCAUCAUCGGCUGGGCUAAACACAUCCCAGGCUUUUCUACUCUCUCACUGGGAGACCAGAUGAGUCUACUGCAGAGCGCCUGGAUGGAGAUCCUCAUCCUCAGCAUUGUGUUCCGCUCGCUGCCAUACGAGGACGAGCUGGUGUACGCUGAGGACUACAUCAUGGACGAGGAGCACUCACGGCUGACGGGCCUGCUCGACCUCUACGUGUCCAUCCUGCAGCUGGUCCGCAAAUACAAGAAGCUCAAAGUGGAGAAGGAGGAGUUUGUCACUCUCAAGGCCAUCGCUCUCGCCAACUCAGACUCCAUGCACAUAGAGGACAUGGAGGCGGUCCAGAAGCUUCAGGACGCCCUCCACGAGGCCCUCCAGGACUACGAGAGCAGCCAGCACCAGGAGGACCCACGGCGGGCGGGCAAGCUGCUCAUGACCCUGCCCCUGCUGAGGCAGACGGCCACCAAGGCUGUGCAGCACUUUUACAGCAUCAAGGUGCAGGGCAAGGUUCCCAUGCACAAACUUUUCCUGGAGAUGCUGGAGGCCAAGGUCUGAUCAGAGGGUGGCUGAUUGGCCGCGGCAACAGAGGAGGGCUGCAUUAGCGAUACAGAAAGUGACUUGAACCAAGGCUGAGGGUACUCAGGAGAGGGAGACCCCCGCUGACUGUACUAGGCAGGACAGAGACUGACCUCUCUCACUC